UGUUUAUGAUAAUACAUUAUUAACCUGUUUCAACAUAGAUCAAAUGUUUUAUUAUGGUUUUUAGCAGACCAGGAACAUACACUUUAAAGUAAGUCUUUCAGUUUUUAGAAAAACAUUUUACACUUCGAACUCGUGCUGGUCAUGACCGCCAAUGUGAACUGAUUGAAGAAAACCCAGAACUGAGUAAAGCAUAUGGGCUUUGCAGGAGAUCAAUUCUUCGCAACUCUAGGUAUUUUCAUGUAGCAGAUGGCAUGCCAGGUGAUGCAAUGCAUGAUAUACUAGAAGGAGUACUUCAGCAUGUAUGUAAAGAAUUUCUGAAGGACUUCAUAUUUAAAGAAAAAUUUUUAACAGUGGAGCAACUUAAUGAAAGAAUUAACUCUUUUGAUUAUGAAUAUUUUAAUGAUAAAAACAAGCCAUCACCAAUCACCCGGACAACUUUGAGGAGUGAAAACAAUAGUUUAAAGCAAAAAGCAAGACAAAUGUGGUGCCUUGGAAAAUUCCUUCCUUUAGCUCUCGGCAGUGCCAUUCCAAAGGAUGAAGAAAAGUGGAUGCAUUUUCUGUUGCUCCUUAAAAUUGUUGACAUUGUUUUUUCACCAAUCCCAAACACUGAUGAACUUGCUAUCCUGGAAGGAUACCUGAAGGAAUUUUUGUGGAAAUUCACCCAGCUUUAUCCUGGGCUUUCAGUUAUACCCAAGAUGCAUUACUUGGUUUAUUACCCAGCUCGUAUUUACAGGUAUGAUUUUGCUGGUUUGUAUCUUAGUUUAUAA